GAGCGACAAAGCGUGUUCUCCUGGCAGGAUGGACAAAUCACCGCUGCGGCAGCUCUUGCCCGGUUCUCAAGUUUUCACAGUGAACGGAGCUGAAGAGGGUGCUCCUGAGAAACCCCCGGGGAGCUCUGGAAGCCACUGGAGAUGUCGGGUCAACACCACCUUCUGGUGAGGCAGCACGGAGCGCCCAGGUCUGAGUCGAAGCUCUGAGACAACAGAAGCAACAAGGUUAAAGCCUUAGGGACUUUCUGACCGAAUUUGGAAAGAAGAGGCAUGAAAAUAAAAUGCCAGUGACAGCUAUGAAUUUCUGACCAUGGGGGACUGGAACCUGUUGGGCAGCAUCCUUGAAGAAGUGCACAUCCACUCCACCAUAGUUGGCAAAAUCUGGCUCACGAUCCUGUUCAUAUUCCGGAUGCUGGUGCUGGGAGUGGCUGCCGAAGACGUCUGGGAUGAUGAGCAGUCCGAGUUCAUCUGCAACACGGAGCAACCCGGCUGCAGCAACAUCUGUUACGACAAAGCCUUCCCCAUCUCUUUGAUCAGAUACUGGGUACUGCAGAUCAUCUUUGUCUCUUCUCCAUCGCUAGUUUACAUGGGCCAUGCGCUCUACAGGUUGAGGGCUCUCGAGAAAGAGCGACAGAAGAGGAAAGCCCACCUGCGGGCUCAGCUGGAAGACCUGGAGCCCCUGCCCGAGGAACACAGGAGAGUGGAGAGGGAACUGCGUAAGCUGGAGGAGCAGAAGAAAGUGAAUAAGGCACCCCUGAGGGGGUCCCUGCUGCGCACCUAUGUCCUGCAUAUCCUGACCCGCUCGGUGGUCGAAGUGGGCUUUAUGAUAGAGAAGACCAUCUUUAUGGUUUUCAUGAACAGCAUCGCCGCCGUCUCCCUCUUCCUCAACAUCCUGGAAAUCGCCCACCUGGGCCUCAAGAAGAUCCAGAAGAAGCAUGCUCCUAGAACUAUCAUCUAUCAUGAAAAAGUAAUGACAUUCCGAGGAGAAGAAAUAAACUAA